GUCCUGUUAUUAUUAUUAUACAGGGGGAGCAGCCUGUGGUGCCCUGUUAUUAUUAUUAUACAGGGGGAGCAGCCUGUGGUGCCCUGUUAUUAUUAUUAUUAUUAUUAUUAUUAUUAUUAUACAGGGGUAGCAGUCUGUGGUUUCAUGUUAUUAUUAUACAGGAGGAUGGACAAGGACAGGAGUCACAGGACUGAGAGGAUAAUAAAUAUCACCCUGGAGAUCAUCUACCUGCUGACUGGGGAGGAUUACACAGUAGUGAAGAAGACAUCCAAUGAGUGUGAGAUACUCAACAGCCAUCCCCGUGUGUCAGGAGGACUGAGUAGAAGCCAGAGCCCCAUCCCAGUGCCUCCACCUGACUCACUAAUACAUGAGAGACCCAAUGACCAAAAGAUCCUGGAGCUCACCAACAAGAUCAUUCAGCUGCUGACUGGAGAGGAGGGGGAGUAUAUAGAGGAACACAUGGGUCUGUACAAGGACGUGAUGAUGGAGAAUCACCGGCCCCUCACAUCUCUGGAUAAGAGGAGACUGUCAUGUAUUGUACAGGGGAGAGCAGAAGGAUCCAGUAACAGAGAUCCCCCAGGGAGAUGUCCCCAUCCUCUGUAUUCCCAGGAUUGUACAGAGGAGAAUCACAGGACCCCACAGGAGGAUCAGGAUGAAGCCCAAUUAAAUAAUAUUAAAAUCAAAGAUACAGAGGGAGAAGAAGAGACGUAUGUGACUGAUAAGGAGGCAGAAGAUAUAGAGGGAGAAGAAGAGACGCAUGUGACUGAUAUAAAGGCAGAAGAUGUAGAGGGAGAAGAAGAGACGUAUGUGACUGAUAUGAAGGCAGAAGAUAUAGCGGGAGAAGAAGAGACGUAUGUGACUGAUAUGAAGGCAGAAGAUAUAGCGGGAGAAGAAGAGACGUAUGUGACUGAUAUAAAGGCAGAAGAUAUAGAUAUAGAAGGAGAAGAAGAGACGUACAUUACUGAUAUGAAGGCAGAAGAAGAGACGUGUGUAACUGAUAUAAAGGCAGAAGGUAUAGAUGGAGAAGAAGAGACAUAUGUGACUGAUAUGAAGGCAGAAGAUAUAGAUGGAGAAAAAGAGACAUAUGUGACUGAUAUAAAGGCAGAAGAUAUAGAGGGAGAAGAAGAGACAUAUGUGAGGGGUGAUCAGCAGUGUAAGGAGGAGGAGAUCCCUACAGAUAUCAGCACAGCAGAUGGACACACAAGCAGGAACAUCUCAGAAGGACAUCUAAUGUUAUCCUCGGAUUGUGACAUAAAAGAUAAUGACAGUAGACAGGAUUCUCCAGGAGCUAAUCCCAUUACCCCAAUUAUACAUCCAGCUCUGUCAGCUGAUCCCUCUGAUCCUGGGAAAUGUUCUGCUGAUAACUCUGAUAUUGGUGCAUCUGUUACAGCUCUGAGAGUAGAUACAGUGUUUCCCUGUUCUAUAGAUGCCAAAUGUUUUACACAGAACACAAAACGUAUUACCCAUCAGCCAGCUAAGGAAGGUGAGAGGCCAUUUCCAUGUUCUGAGUGUGGGAAAUGUUUUGCACGGAAAUCAAAUCUUGUUAUACAUCAGAGAAGUCACACAGGUGAGAAGCCAUUUUCUUGCUCUGAGUGUGGGAAAUGUUUUAUAUGGAAAUCACAACUUGUUACACAUCAGCGAAGUCACACAGGUGAGAAGCCGUUUUCUUGUUCUGAGUGUGGGAAAUGUUUUUCCCAGAAAUCACAACUUGUUACACAUCAGAGAACUCACACACGUGAGAAGCCAUUUUCUUGCUCUGAGUGUGGGAAAUGUUUUAGAUGGAAAUCACAACUUGUUACACAUCACAGAAGUCACACAGGUGAGAAGCCAUUUUCUUGCUCUGAGUGUGGGAAACAUUGUUUAAAUAAAUCACAUCUUGUUAUACAUCAGAGAAGUCACACAGGUGAGAAGCCAUUUUCUUGCUCUGAGUGCGGUAAAUGUUUUUCCCAGAAAUCACCACUUGUUACACAUCAGCGAAGUCACACAGGUGAGAAGCCAUUUUCUUGCUCUGAGUGUGGGAAAUGUUUUACACGGAAAUCACAACUUGUUAGACAUCGGAGAACUCGCACAGGUGAGAAUACAUUUCCAUGUUCUGAGUGUGGGAAAUGUUCUGCACACAAAUCAGAUCUUAGAAACCAUGAGAGAAGUCACACAGGUGAGAAGCCAUUUUCUUGCUCUGAAUGUGGGAAAUGUUUUACACAGAAAUCACAACUUGUUACAUAUCAGAGAAGUCACACAGAUGAGAGGCCAUUUCCAUGCUCUGAGAAAUAAAUCAUCUCUUGUUGUACAUAUUAGACUUCAUCAGGUGAGGAACCAUUUUAGUCUUCUGGAGUAUACUUAUUAUUGCCAUACGUUGUUCUUCAAGGUUCUUAUCCUAUCUCCUAUGCUUUUUGCAAUAUACAUGUUACCACUGGGUGAAAUAAUCAUAUGUCAUGCCCUCAUCUACCACUGCUAUACAGAUGACCUGUCUCUUGCUCCGGGUACUGAGAACCCAGUACCAAUCCUAAAUGGUUGUCUAGCUGAGCUCCAGGUGUGGGUGAUGCCAGUUGGCUGUGACUCAGUCCUGGUGAAACAGGUCCUUAUGAUAGAAGCUCACCAACAAAGGGCAGGUCUACAGCUCAGCUUUGUUACCAAUCAGACUUACCACAUAACACCCAUUCUCUGUUCCCUUCACCGGCUGCCUGUAAGAUGGUAACUAUUACAUAAUCUUACUGACUCUCCCAGCCCUACAUGACCAGGGUCACAGGUACCAGAAGCAGCUUCUAACUCCUUACUGCCCUGCUUUCUUACUUCCAUCUGCAGAUGAAGGUCUGUUACCAGCAGUACCAAGAAACCCCAAGCAGUGCUGAGAUGUCAGGGGUAGACAGGGUGGGUGGCACUAUUGCUGUAUCAGUGGCACUGUCUGGGUAAUAUCCCCAAGCAGAGCUGAGGGGGUACUCAGGGUGGCUGGCAGUAGUGGGGACUGCAGGAGGCAGUGUCUGUGAGACUCUUGUCCUCAAGCAGAGUUAAGGUGUCAGAGGAGGAGACAAGGUGGUGGCAGAAGCGGAAGAAGACAGGGCAGUGGCAGUAGUGGGCUGAGACAGGGAGGGUUGCAGUAGUGGGGAGAGACGGUGGUGGCAGUAGUGGGGGCAGACAGGGUGAGGGGCAGUAGUGGAAGGAGACAGGGCAGGU